AGAGAGAGAGAGAGAGCGUCAUCUGAAAGAAAGAAGAUUUGCAUCAGUGAUAAAUUUGCUUAAUUUACCGCUAAAAUCAAACCCUGUAUCUCAUUUUCUCUUUGUAUUUUCCGCACUCUCAAGAGCAGACAGAGAGACAGACAGACAGACGCACGCUUGUCGCCAAACGGAAGAAUGGGGCAGCCUUCGGUGCCGCCUCCUCUCUUGGGCCCGCCACCACUUCCGUCACAGCCGACCCAGACUCCUCCACCCCCACCCCCACCCGGAACCGUAGGAGGAGGAUGUCAAGUGCGCUGCGCUGGUUGCCGCACGAUUUUAACCGUAGGACCUGGAUUGACGGAAUUCGUUUGCCCUACCUGCCAAUUGCCUCAGAUGCUUCCCCCCGAGCUUAUGCGUACACCUCCUCCUCACCGAACCGUUCCAGCCCACGGCAUCGAUCCGACCAAAAUUCAACUCCCUUGUGCUCACUGCAAGGCCAUACUCAAUGUUCCUCAUGGUCUCUCUCGCUUUUCGUGCCCUCAGUGCGGAGUCGACCUAGCCGUCGAUAUCUCCAAGUUCAAGCAAUUCUUGUCUCCACCUCCUCCUCAUCCUCUUCUUCGACCACCUCCCGAGGAAGUCAACGAGGUUGCCAUUGAGGUGGAAAGAGAAGAAGAUGAAGGUGGUAUGGCUGGGGAAACAUUUACAGAUUAUCGUCCUCCCAAAUUAUCAAUUGGCCCUCCUCAUCCAGAUCCUAUUGUGGAAACAGCUUCAUUAUCUGCAGUGCAGCCCCCUGAACCCACAUAUGUUCUCAAAAUCACUGAUGAUAUACUGAAAUCCAAAGUAUUAUCUUGCUUGCAGAUAGAGACAUUGGUUUAUGCUUCUCAGAGACAUCUUCAACAUCUUCAAAGUGGUUCUAGGGCUGGAUUUUUUAUUGGCGAUGGUGCUGGUGUUGGAAAAGGGCGCACUGUUGCAGGAUUAAUAUGGGAAAAUUGGCAUCAUGGAAGGAGAAAAGCAUUGUGGAUUUCUGUUGGCUCUGAUUUGAAGUUUGACGCUAGAAGAGAUUUGGACGACAUUGGUGCAACAUGCAUUGAAGUGCAUGCUUUAAACAAGCUCCCCUAUUCUAAGCUUGAUUCAAAGUCUGUUGGAAUUAAAGAGGGAGUUGUUUUCUUGACGUAUAGCAGCCUUAUAGCCUCUUCAGAAAAAGGUCGAUCUCGCUUGCAACAGCUUGUGCAGUGGUAUGGACCAGAAUACGACGGUCUUAUCAUUUUUGACGAGUGUCACAAAGCCAAAAAUUUGGUUCCUGAAACAGGGUCGCAACCAACAAGAACAGGUGAAGCUGUGCUUGAGAUUCAGGCUAAACUUUCUGAGGCUCGUGUAGUUUAUUGUUCUGCAACGGGUGCUUCUGAACCUCGCAACAUGGCUUACAUGAUUCGGCUUGGUCUUUGGGGAACUGGAACAUCCUUCCCCAAUUUCCGGGAGUUUUUAGGUGCUAUGGAAAAAGGUGGGGUUGGAGCUCUAGAACUUGUUGCUAUGGACAUGAAAGCUAGGGGAAUGUAUGUUUGUCGAAUGCUUAGUUACAAAGGAGCAGAGUUUGAAGUUGUGGAAGUUCCAUUAGAGGCUAGAAUGAUGGAAAUGUAUAAAAAAGCUGCUGAAUUUUGGGCGGAGUUACGAGUAGAAUUGCUUGCUGCUAACACUUUGCUUGCAAAUGACAAGCCUAACUCCAGUCAGCUGUGGAGAUUAUACUGGGCAAACCAUCAGCGAUUCUUCGGACAUAUGUGCAUGUCUGCUAAGGUGCCUGCUGUUGUAAGACUUUCCAAACAAGCGUUGAUGGAGAACAAAUGUGUGGUUAUUGGCCUUCAGAGUACAGGAGAGGCACGGACAGAGGAAGUUGUGACAAAAUAUGGUUCUGAACUUGAUGAUUUUGUUUCUGGGCCUAGGGAGCUAUUGCUGAAGUUUGUGGAGGAAAACUACCCUCUUCCUGAGAAGCCUGAAAAGCCUGAAACACUUCCAGGAGAGGAAAGUGCGGAGGAGCUCCAACGAAAGAGGCACUUAGCCACACCAGAUGUUUCAUUCAAAGGCAGAGUGAGGAAAGCUGCCAAAUGGAAGGCUGCUAGUGACGGUGAAAGUGAAGAAGACUCUUAUGCUGAUUCUGGAAAUGAAUCCACUGAAUCUGAUGAUGAGUUUCAGAUUUGUCAUCUUUGCAAAUCAGAAGGGGAAAGAAAGAAGUUGCUUCAGUGUUCGUAUUGCAGACAUGUUAUGCAUCCUUCAUGUUUAGAUCCACCUGUUGUUGAUGAAGUACCUGGGGACUGGUGCUGCUCUUCAUGCAAGGAAAAAACAGAUGAUUAUCUCCAAGCAAGAGAGGCAUAUGUAGCUGAACUACAGAAGAGGUAUGAUGGAGCUGUACAGCGCAAGUCAAAAAUUCUUGAGAUUGUCCGGUCUUUGGAUCUUCCAAAUAAUCCUUUGGAUGACAUAAUUGAUCAGCUUGGAGGCCCUAAUAAGGUUGCAGAAGUGACUGGAAGGAGAGGCAUGCUUGUUAGGGUUUCUGGUGGAAAAGGUGUCACAUAUCAGGCACGUAAUACAAAGGAUGUUACAAUGGAAAUGGUAAAUAUGCAUGAGAAGCAGCUUUUCAUGGAUGAUAAGAAGCUUGUUGCUAUCAUUUCUGAAGCCGGUUCUGCUGGUGUAUCUUUGCAGGCAGACAGGAGAGCAUUGAAUAAGAGAAGAAGAGUUCAUAUAACCCUUGAACUCCCUUGGAGUGCUGAUCGAGCAAUACAACAAUUUGGCAGAACUCAUCGGUCAAAUCAGGCUUCUGCACCUGAGUAUAGACUUCUCUUUACUAAUCUUGGAGGUGAACGUCGAUUUGCGUCAAUUGUAGCUAAGAGAUUGGAGACCCUUGGUGCUUUAACUCAGGGAGAUCGUAGGGCUGGACCAACAUUAAGUGCUUUCAAUUAUGACAGCACUUAUGGUAAGAGGGCUCUUAUGGUGAUGUACAGAGGAAUUAUGGAGCAGGAUUCAUUGCCUGUUCUACCUCCUGGAUGUUCAUCCGAAAAGCCAGAGACAAUUGAAGAUUUUAUCACCAAGGGCAAGGCAGCUCUUGUUUCAGUUGGAAUAGUUAGAGAUACAGUAGUUGGUAAUGGCAAGGAUUCUGGAAAGAUUUCUGGUCGUAUAGUUGAUUCAGAUAUGCAUGAUGUUGGACGUUUCCUAAAUAGGAUACUGGGAUUGCCACCAGAUAUCCAAAACAGGCUGUUCGAGUUAUUUGUCAGCAUUCUUGAUCUUCUUAUUCAGAAUGCACGCAAAGAAGGACAAUUUGACUCUGGCAUUGUAGAUUUGAAAGCUAGUCUCAUUGAAUUGCGAGGAAAUCCAAAGACUGUUCAUGUUGAUGAUAUGUCUGGCGCGUCGACUAUACUGUUCACUUUCACAUUAGACCGCGGGAUCACAUGGGAGUUCGCGUCCUCCAUGCUUGAGGAGAAGCAAAAAGAUGGACUUGGCUCUGUCGAUGAUGGUUUUUACGAGUCUAGGAGGGAAUGGCUUGGAAGGCGACACUUUCUCUUAGCAUUUGAAGGGUCCAAUGUUGGUUUUUAUAAGAUAUUACGUCCAACUGUUGGGGAGGCAGUAAGGGAAAUGCCUCUGGCUGAGCUUAAAAACAAGUACAGGAAAAUUUCAUCAUUGGAGAAAGCUUGUAAUGGGUGGGAAGAUGAGUAUGAGAUCUCAUCUAAGCAGUGCAUGCAUGGACCCAACUGUAAGGUUGGGAAUUUUUGCACAGUUGGAAAAAGGCUCCAGGAAGUAAAUGUUUUGGGUGGUCUUAUUCUUCCUGUUUGGGGAACUAUAGAGAAGGCCAUUGCAAAGCAGGCUCGACAAAGCCACAAACGAAUCCGUGUUGUGCGCUUGGAGACUACGACUAACAGUCAGCGGAUUGUGGGGCUGCUAAUACCAAACUCUGCAGUUGAAUCAGUUCUUCAAGAUUUAGCUUGGGUUCAAGACCUUGAUGAUUGAGAAGAGACGAUGUCCUUCUUAGAGACAAUGACAAUUUUUUAUCCACCAAAUUAACCUAUAUGUGAAAAUACUGGCUUGUCUGGGCUUUAUUAUAAUAUUGGCCAUUGUUGUGUAACAAAAUAUUUAUUUCUACCUGCUUUUUUAGCAGCUUAGGCAUAUUGGUUUUCAGUUUUUGUGUCUUUCUUUGUAACAAUUAAUUAGAAGCAAAUCAUCAUCACAUUUGACACACAUAUAUAUUAUAUAUAUAGCCUAUAGGUUGUCUUGA